GCGUGUGUGUGUGUGUGGGGUUUGGGUUGUGCGUCUCUUCCUCUUCCCAUUUGUGUGUGAUUCAUUCUCUGUGUGUGUUCAGUUCAGUCCACCUUUUGUUUGUUCUAUUGACACACAAACACACGCGCCGCCGAUUUUUCUCAGUUCUCCAGUAAACGAUUCGCUACUGUAAAGGAAUUAUUGGCUUAUUUAUAUCAUAUAAAUAUACUUACAUUGGAUUGUUCCAUUUGUAUCACUCGUUCGAUACUGGUUUUUUUGAAUGUCCGUUUGCAGCAAACUGAAUUCUCCACUCUCUGCCAACUUUGAGUGACAGGCACCGGACAGUUCACUUUAACCAUGGUUGCUUCUGAAAACGACAAUAUACCUAUGUUGUCGCCCACAAACAUAAAAUCAGACGAACACGAUGCCACGAGAAUAAGUGGUUUCACAACCAAGAUGAUGAGGAGUGCAUCAAUGUCGAACGACAGCAACCUCGUGGGGUCCACAGGCCCUUUGAGAAACGAAAGGAGAACUUCGAUUGUCCCGAUGAGCAGUCCUCUGUAUCUCACUCGUAACCAUGAGGUCAUCUUUGAGCCGCCCCAACUUGCCUCGGAGCAAAAAAUUACCGAUCAAGAAUUGGAGAUAUAUCCAUCCAUUGAGGGCAAACAUGGCAAUUUGUUGAAAUCUGGACAACUGGGAAUGUGUAAUGAUCCGUACUGCACGACGUGCCCAACUUAUUACAAUGUUAAGAGGCGACAGAAAUAUUCAAGAACAUCGGAUAUAUUUGAUGCUAAGAACAUGAUAUACGGAGAUGCAAAAGGUUGUGCGAAGAGAAUGUGCUCGUCUUUGCAACUUUAUAUUCCAGGUGUCAUCAACCCCCAUGCAAAAUUUGUUCAGCAGUGGAGCAAAUUCUUCGUAAUUUCUUGUUUGUUUGCAAUUUUUUUGGACCCACUCUUCUUCUUUCUGCUGUCUGUUCAGAAGGAUCAUAAGUGCAUCGUAUUAAAUUGGACCAUGACGACGACAAUAGUGGUUCUGAGGAGCAUGACUGACUUUAUUUACUUGAUUCAUAUCCUCCUUCAGUUCAAGUUGGCUUACGUUGCUCCCGAAUCUCGAGUUAUGGGAGCUGGAGAUUUAGUGGAUGACCCUAAAAAAAUUGCUCGCAAUUACCUAAGUGGAUGUUUCAUAGUCGACUUUUUCGUCGUACUCCCUCUUCCCCAAAUCAUCAUAUUAUUGAUACUACCAGAUUCCAUGGGAGCAACCGGUGCUAAUUAUGCAAAGAAUCUUUUACGAGCAGCAAUUCUCCUACAGUAUAUUCCUCGUCUAUAUAGAUUCUUACCUCUACUAGCUGGUCAAUCUCCAACGGGUUUAAUUUUCGAGUCUGCAUGGGCAAAUUUCGUUAUAAAUCUUCUUACGUAUGUUUUGGCUAGCCAUGUGGUGGGCUCAUGCUGGUAUCUUUUUGCCUUACAGAGGGUAAAUCAAUGCCUUCGAGAUGCAUGCCAUAGGUCGAAUAUAACGAGGUGUAUGGAUUUUAUUGACUGUGGUCAUGGAGAUGAUUUUUACGAGUUUGGUAUUGAUCCUACGUGGAAGCAGUGGCAAGAAAACGAGAAUACGAAUGCUUGUUUUGGAAAAGAUGCGUUUGCUUAUGGUAUUUACGAGAAUGCAGUUGAUCUAACCACUCACCCAAAUAUUAUGACGAGAUAUGUCUACUCGUUAUUUUGGGGAUUCCAGCAAAUUAGUACGUUGGCUGGGAAUCAAGUUCCGAGUUAUUUCGUGUGGGAAGUACUUUUCACUAUGGCCAUCAUAGGAGUUGGCCUCUUGCUUUUUGCUCUCUUGAUUGGAAAUAUGCAGAAUUUUCUUCAAGCUCUUGGUCGUAGGAGGUUAGAAAUGUCUUUAAGGCGCCGUGACGUGGAGCAAUGGAUGAGCCACCGUCGCCUUCCGGAAGAACUUAGAAGGCAAGUCCGAGAAUCGGAACGUUUUAGUUGGGCAGCCACGAGAGGGGUAAAUGAGGAAAUGCUCAUGGAGAAUUUACCAGAAGACCUUCAACGAAAUAUUCGUCACCAUCUCUUUAAAUUCGUCAAGAAAGUCAGAAUAUUCCAAUUGCUCGAUGAACCUAUCAUAGAUGCUAUAUGCGAAAGGCUGAGAACAAAAACAUAUAUAAAAGGAAGUAAAAUCAUUUGCCGUGGCGGUUUAAUUGAUAAAAUGGUUUUCGUAAUUCGGGGGAAAAUGGAGAGCGUUGGUGAAGAUUUAACCGUGGUUCCUUUAUCGGAAGGGGAUGUUUGUGGAGAAGAACUCCUCACUUGGUGCCUCGAGCAUUCUUCUAUAAAUAAAGAUGGAAGAAGAAUGAGGAUUCUAGGGCACAGAUUGUUGAGCAACAGGCUAGUGAGAUGCUUAACGAACGUAGAAGCAUUCGUGUUACGAGCAUCGGAUCUCGAAGAAGUUACGAGUCUUUUCUCGAGGUUUUUGCGGAGCCCACGUGUUCAAGGUGCCAUUAGAUAUGAAUCACCUUACUGGAGAGGGCUUGCAGCUCGAAGAAUUCAAGUUGCAUGGCGAUAUCGGAAGAAACGGCAAAGCCGAGCUGACUCAUCGGGCCCACUAGAUAUUUUUUCUUCUAGAAGCAGUUGACAGAUAGAUAUAUAUAACUCAGUUCUAACCAAUAUUAUAUUUUGCC